AUUUUUUUUUUAAUACUUUGUGAGGAAAAACUGUCAACCAUAUCCAAAGUGUAGGACCAAAGAGAAGUAAAUAAUGUAUGCUUUUGUUAGAUUCUUUGAAGACGAUAUGUGCUACGCGUUACCCGUUUCAAAUGUCGAAGAUUUCAGACCUCUGCAAAAAACAGAUUUUGAUAAUCAGAAGGUGUAUCUGGUUCACAGAACUGAAGAGAAUGGCAGCGCAGGCCAGCCGUGCGAAGCACAGAUCCUUGCCCUUGCAGAUACAGUAGAGGAAUUUGAAGACAGUAUAAUGCAAAAGAAGAUGAAAAUUCCCAAGAUGUCCAUCAAGAAUUCAGGAAACUCUAUUGAGAACAAUUUUGGAGAGGAGAGGAUGCCACUCAGGCAUAAAAAGGCCCUGUCUCAGGACCAUGGACGCCCCCUUUCCAACUCCUCCAAGAGUCUGGCAGCAGUAGUGGCUCGUCUGGAGAGAAAUGCAGCCAGCUCCUGUAUGGAGGGCGAAGAAGACCUGGAUGAGGACCGGCUGGCGGAGGAGGGGGAGGAUGCAGACGACGAAGAUGAAGAUAUGGAUGCAGAGCAUCAGCAACAUCAUCACCAGCAGCAACCACAGCAUUUGGAGGUGGACACGGAUUGUGUGUCUGGGGUAGCUGCAGCAGUGGUUCCCAGAGUCCUGUAUGAGGAACUGGUUCAUAGCUACAGGCAACAGGAGGAGGAGAUGAGGAGGCUGCAGCAGGAGCUGGAGAGAACCCGCAGGCAGCUGGUGCAGCAGGCCAAGAAGUUAAAGGAAUAUGGCAGCUUGCUGACAGAAGUCAAAGAACUAAGGGACUUCAACAGGAGGCUGCAAGACGUACUUCUCAUGAGAUUGGGCAGCGAGCCUAUGCAUGACAAUGGCACUCAGACAAUCAAGGCUGAAGUGGUUGAACCCAUUGUUGAGGCCCAGGAAACAUGCAGAGAAGAAGCCAACACCAGUUCCAGCUACUCACCCUCACCCAGAACAGUAUACACCUGCAACGAUGGGAAGGUACACCUCGGUGGAGGGAUCUGGGUGGAGGAGGAGAAGUGGCAUCAGCUGCAGCGGACCCAGGGAGAUUCCAAGUUCACAAAGAACCUGGCUGUAAUGAUCUGGGGCACAGAAACCCUCAAGAACCGUAGCGUCACUGGAGUGGCCACCAAAAAGAAGAAAGAUGCCCUGCCCAAACCUCCACUGUCGCCCAGCAAACUGAAAAUUGUCAGAGAGUGUCUCUACGACAGAGUGUCUCAAGAGACAGCGGACAGUGCAGAGAUUACGCAGAGAUUGUCCAAAGUGAACAAAUACAUCUGUGAAAAAAUAAUGGACAUCAACAAGUCCAUCAAGAACGAGGAGCGGCGGGAGUCCAAGCUGCUCAUUCGACAGACAGUCAAGAUGGAGAACUUCACCUACGAUGGCAUGUAGUGGUCGACUGUUGUCACGCCAGCGCCUUCUGCCCCCGCCCCCCAUUGGUUAUUAUAUGAAACGUUAAAACAAAUAGACCCCUUCCCAGCUCCCUAUAGAGCAAUCAUCACCUUCCUCACUGCCCAUUGGCUGACAGACAGCUUUACCCAUCAGUGUGUGAACUAGUUUGAUAUGAGCUGGUGUGAGUGUUUUUAUAAGCUUUACAGUGGGAUUGGGACAGAGGCAUGGUUUGUUGACAUUUGUGCAUUUGUGUCAAAGGAAAGAUUACAUGUAAUUUUUAAAUUGAUUUAUUGUUCUGUGUCAGAACAUAGUUUUGAAUCCUUAAACUUUUAAAAAGUAAUUGGUGGAGAGGUUAUUUCCCUAGAUAAAGUCAUCUGUUUCUAUAAAGAUAGUGAUGCCAGCUUGCAUUAGAUCUAAGUUGUGUGAACGGCUGGAUAUUUUGGAGACUACCGAAUAACUGCUGGGAAUCUGAGUGUUUGCUGUUGGUACUUAUUGCAUAAAAUGGGACAUCAGGGUCUCAAAUGCACAAGUCUUAAUUGGUAACAGUGAGAUUGCAUUUUGCAACAGAGAUUCUGUUGCCCCCUUAACUGUAGGUCAAUCACAACACAUUGCUUUAUUAAAAUGACAGCUUACAGAGGUUAAAUGGGAAGUAUGACUCCAAUGUGGAGUCUAUAAAGUGCUGUAUUUGUUUAGUUUUUUUUAUGUUUGACCUUUUAGUUAUGAGCAUUUGCCAUCAAUGAGAACGGUUUGGAUGGGAUAUUCCCAUUUUACUCUUAAGCAAACAUGUCACUUUCAGACAAUUUGACUGUUUAAUGAGUUGUAGUGGUACAGGCACAUUAAUGCCUAGAAAGGCCUUACAUGGAUUUGGCAAUCACUAGGGUAUGCCCCUGGGUUUUCUAAUAAGCUGUGAUUGUAAAUGUAUAGUAAGCUGAAGCGAUGAAGCUUCACCUGCACUUUGCUGUGAGAAUGUGAGAGGUGGCUAGGUACUAUUUUCUGUGUGGUUCACACCAUUAGGUUGAGCUGGGCUACUUGCCCCCCUCAUCUUGAUGUGGAAGCUGUGGGUAAAGCUGUCUGAAACACUUUUGUGCUGUUUGAAGUCAUCUGGGCCUGCUGAACCCCAUAAUAACCCCUUCUUCUAUAAGCCACGCCACUGGGGAACAAAGUAAGGUCGCUCCAGUGACAAUUUCCUCUGAGCUAUGCCAUCAGAACUUUGAAAAUGUUUCUUGUAUGGUUUUUUUUACAUUUUUUUUUUUUUUUCACCAGUUGUUUUAUUCUUUUGAUCUAAAAUGGUUUGUGUGGCUGUCUGCAGGCUGGAACUAAAUGCUGCAGAUUGAAAUCUCAACUGUGACCUAGCUGUGGCUAACUGUGAAUCUGCUGCAGAGCUGCCCAUCAAGCCUCUCUCCUCUUCAUACUAUAGAUUCUUGUUUGUCGGUUGUUUUAUUUCUGUCUAUCAUUUUGUCUGUCACAGUUUUUGUUAUUGCAAAAGUUCAGAUCAGCCUUUUGUUAAGCUACCUUAUGUUUUGGAGAUAUUUUAGUGUACAUAAAACUUUUAUUUUUUAUUUUUUCCACCAAACAUGGAUAUUUCAGUUUUUCGUCAUGUUACAUGUUACCGUUUUAAAGGCUCUGGUCAAGUUUUGUUUUAUCUAAUUGAGGUUGUAAUUCCAUGUUACCAGACAAUUUCUUGUUUCUUUUUACACUUACAUAUAUAUAUAUAUAUUUUUUUUUUUUCUUUCUUUCUUAUGAAUUGUUGGCUUUAAGCUUGAUGUUGUAUCCAAAUGUAGAUCAGUGGAAUCUACAAACAAAUGAAAAAAAUAUCUCCCUUUCUUAGCCAAAGUGAUCUCUGUGGAACAAGAGACACAAGGCUUCCGUUAACAGAGCCCAUACAUUAAGCUAGAUUCACAACAUUCAAUAUUUAAUAAGCCCCACUUAGGUUCUACCUUCUAAUGAUCUGCCACAGUAAGAUGAGAAUUUGUAUUGCUAAACCAUUGUACUUAAUUGAGACGCUGUAGUUAGAUAAAAACAAACCUUUACAUUGAAUGCACUUUAAACUUCUGGGCAAUUUCUUCAGUCAUAAAGAAAGGUAUUUGUGGUAUUUGUCCUUUUUAUUUUUUAAAUGUCUAUAUAGAUAAAGCUUAACAAUCAUUGUAUUAUCAUGAAGCACCUUAGAAUAUUUUGGUUUAUUGUUUUUUAUGGCAAGAAUGAGUUAUGGGAUAGCAUUUUGUUUUGUCAGUCAGAUAUGCCCCUGACAUACCGAUGCUCCAAAGCAAGUUGGAUAGAUUUAAUACUUCCAACUACUACUUAGAAGUAGUACUACUACUACUUCCAAAUAUUUCAUUCUUUUAAAAUGUAUUUGGGGUGUUAAGAAAACCAGAUUUCCACAAGUCACACUAUGUUGAAACUGGAUUUGAUAACUCCACCAUGGCCUCCUGAACAAUAAAUGGCUUACUUGGUAAGUUGACAAGCAAAAGUCAAAAAUUCUAUUUGGCUGUCCAGCCCAAAACAUGAUAUAUCAACCUGAAAAUAUUAUCCUAUGAAAUGUGCAAGCUCACUGGAAUAUGUGCUUUAACUUAAUGUGUGAAGAUGCUAGUUAUACAUAAAUAUGACUUCCAUAGAGAUAAUUAUGUAUUUUUUACAAAUGAGUGGUAAUUGUAAGCCAAAGUAUUAAAUGCUGAGAUCAAGUUAAAGAAGGGGGAUGCUGACUGGGGAAUCAGCAGGGUUUGCACAAAAGAUGGCCCAUGCCAAGGUUAUAGAGCCUAGUGAAUCUUUUUUUUUUCUAAAAAAAUAUCUCUUUUUCAUUUAUUUUUUUCCCUCUACAAAGCAACAUGUGAGGUUUACAUGGGCUAGCAUGUAUUUAAAAUACAUGCGGUUUAAAAGAAAGAAAAGAGUUCUGCUGUGCAAAGCAACCAUGCUGAAAUUCUGACACAUUGUCGUGUGUUGUGUUUGUGUUUGUUUCUUUGAUGUUUGAUGCCAAAAGGGGGUGUGGUUAAAAAGAAAGCUUUAAGAUAGAGCAUUAAUAGAGCUAUUACAAUAUCUGAAAUGUUUCCUGUUGCGCACGAUUAAGUCUAAUCCUUUAACUAAAACCGUCUUGGAUGAGAGUUGUAUGGAAGUACUGUAUGUUUUGAAUCCAGAUUUGGUUUAAUCUGUGAUGGCAAGGCCAAUCUCUUAUCAAAUGUACCAAGUCACUUGCAGAGGAGCAGCCUGGGUUUUAGCAGCAUAUUAGUAACAUAAACCAGUACAUAGUCUGGCAGAGCCAUUAUUGGAUGGUAUAGGCUAGUUUGGCUCUGUGACACAACACACCAGACUUUCCAAUCCUCUCACUGUCACACUCAAGUAGCGAUAGGGAGAAAAUGUAACCUCGCUGGCUCUGUGAUCCUCUUCCUGUGCCACCUCUAGUUCCUUACUCUGCUGUCAUUUAUAUGGACUGGAUUUAGAAAUGCAUAUGUAUCGAGAUAAUAGCAAAUCCUGUCCUCAUCGUUUGGUGUUUUGGCUUAUGUUGUGAACAUCUGUCAAAGCUUCAAAAGUGAGGGAGCUUUAUGUAGCUUUUUGACAGUUUGAUUGGGGAAAAGAGAUCAGUUCUAUCUUCACUGUGUGGAACGAAGAUAAAUGGCUUCAUCUAGCAGUUUUCACAACUAAGUGCACACAAAACACGUAACUGUUUGAGCCUCAGAUACAAUGUCAAACUUACUUCAAAUGAGAAAAAAAUGGGAGGAAUAUUGUAAGGUCUAUAUUUUUCUUAAGGUAUCAGUAACUUUGUAUACAAUCCACAAACCGGUUCUACUUCAUCUAACUUCACCGUCCUACCUCAUUGUUACUCUGGUGUUUGUUUGUCAGUGACUGUAAACUAUGUGUGUAUAUUAAAAAAAAAAUCUAUAGGAAAGGUAUACCUGGCUACUCUCAACAUGUACAGCAUAUAAAACUUGUAAAACACCUCAGUACACAAUAUCAUUCUGAGGAGAAAUCAGUUUUAUUACCUGCUUAAAGAUGCUGCUGUAAAGGGGUUGUCUCUGAAUAUAUAUCUUCGCUCUUUGCUAUGUUGUGCAGUUGAUCAGUGGUUGUGUUCUGUCUCUGUAUUGCAUUCUGAGAUUUUUACUGGUUGACGGGUGCUACCAGCAAACAGUUCAAAAACUGAUCUGUCUAUCGGACCUCAAAUGGUGCUGUUUUUCUAUGUUUUUAUCCUCAUUCAGCUAUGUUUUAUUCAGGUGUGUCAACUGCCACUAUCCCCUCAGCUAAUCAGAUUUUAAGCCAAAAUAUUUCGCGAAACAAUAUCCCUGCUAUUACUGUAUCAACUAUAUGCUAUCCACCCAAAUAUUGUAGAUGGUGAUUAUAUCCUCAGCUGUGAGCUUCAGAAGUACCUCAUAACUUGCUUCUAGCACCUGUUGUCUACCAAUAUCACAUUGUUGCAGUGUAUUUUCAGAAAUAUGCAUUUUUACUGAUUAGAUCAGGUUUCACUA